AGAAUACCCUUUGUUCCUACUAAGUUUUUUUUUUUUUUUAUAAUUUCACUACAGAAGUAUUGAUUAAGGAACACACAUCACUUGUUCAGCUGCAAAGAGAAAAUCUCUAAAGUAAUCUCUAAAUUUUACGUUUAAAAGAUCCUGCAAAGAAGGCAUUGCAUGUUACUCUUUCUGGGCACUGCAGGUUCACGGCGCACAGAUGUUAAGGAAAAUCGGAACGUCUUCUCCAAAGAGGGGGUUGCAGCUGACGCUACUCAGCUCCCUAAUGGGAGUGCUGGGGGUGGGAGGAAACGUCCCUUAGAGGACGGCAAUAACGGGCAUACCCAUUCAAUAUACAGGCCCAAGAAGCGUAAGAAAGUCACUGGGCCCAUUCUGCCUAAGAAUGCCCUAAUGCAGCUAAAUGAGAUCAAGCAAGGGCUGCAGUACAAACUGCUGUCUCAGACCGGGCCAGUCCAUGCACCUGUCUUUGUGAUGACUGUGGAGGUCAACGGGCUGCUCUUCGAGGGUUCUGGUCCCACGAAGAAGAAGGCCAAGCUGAACGCAGCGGAGAAGGCCCUGCGCUCCUUUGUGCAGUUCCCCAACGCAUCCGAAGCACACAUGGCCAUGGGCCGGACGCUGUCUGUUCACACAGACUUUACCUCGGACCAGGCGGACUUUCCUGACAUGCUCUUCAACGCCUUUGAGACAUCGGGUCCCGUAGAUAACCCGUUUCACCUCGCAUCCAACAGCUCUUUGGGAAUUUCCUUCUGCUCUUUCGGGAUCAAGUACCCAAUGCCACCCUCCCCUGUCCCACCUUUAUCCCCAGACCCUAUGGGGGCACCCUUAACCCCACACCCUAUGAGGGCACCCAUACCCCCAUUCCCAUCCGCCUUCAUGUCCCGUACAAGCAGCAAGAACCCUGUCAUGAUCCUGAAUGAGUUGCGGCCGGGCUUAAAGUAUGAGUUUGUAUCAGAGUUUGGGGUGAGCCACAGCAAGAACUUUGUCAUGUCUGUGACCGUAGAUGCGCAGAACUUCCAGGGUUCUGGGCAGAACAAAAGGCUGGCAAAGGUCCGGGCUGCACAGGCCGCUCUGUUUUCUCUGUUUAACAUGAAGCUGGAUCAGGCUCCGUGCAGACAGCCCAUACCCAGAGAAGGACUGCAGCUUCACCUGCCACAGGUCCUGGCAGACGCCGUCUCUCGCCUGGUUGUCGAAAAGUUCAGCGAACUCACCGAGGACUUCACGGCUCCACACGCUCAACGGAAAGUUCUGGCUGGUGUUGUCAUGACAACAGGCGCGGAUGUGAAGGAAGCGCAGGUGAUCUGUGUUUCCACGGGAACAAAGUGCAUCAACGGAGAAUACAUGAGCGACAGAGGUUUGGCCCUCAACGACUGCCACGCUGAGAUUUUGGCUCGCCGCUCGCUCGUGCGGUUCCUGUACUCGCAGCUGGAGCAUUUCCUCAGUGACCAGGAAGAGGAGCAGCAGAAGUCCAUCUUUAGCCAGUGUGAACACGGACGAGGUUUUAGACUGAAGGAAAACGUUCAGUUUCACCUUUACAUCAGCACAUCGCCGUGUGGCGACGCCCGCAUCUUCUCUCCGCAUGAAGCCACCAUGGAGGAUCAGGGCGACAGACACCCGAACAGAAAGGCCCGCGGGCAGCUGCGCACUAAGAUCGAGUCUGGUGAAGGAACCAUCCCAGUCGGCUCCAGUCACACCCUCCAGACGUGGGACGGGGUUCUGCAGGGCGAGAGGCUGCUCACCAUGUCCUGCAGUGAUAAGAUAGCCAGGUGGAACGUUCUUGGGCUGCAGGGCUCUCUGAUGAGCUACUUCACAGAGGCCGUCUACUUCUCCAGCAUCAUCCUGGGUAGCCUGUACCAUGCAGACCACUGCUCCAGGGCCAUGUACCAGAGGAUCAGUGAGAUCCAGGACCUGCCACAGUCCUUCAGCCUCAACAGACCGCUGCUCAGCGGAAUCACAAAUGCGGAGGCUCGUCAUCCAGGAAAAGCUCCUAAUUUUGGUGUGAACUGGACGCUGGGAGACGUGGCCGUGGAAGUGAUCAACGCCACCACGGGGAAAGAUAAUCUGGGCCGACCCUCGCGGCUCUGCAAACACGCUCUGUUCAGCCGCUGGAUGCACCUCCACUGCAAGCUGGCGUCGAGCCUGCGGAUCCGGACAGGGCGGCCUGGCAGCUACCAGGAGGCGAAGGCGGCAGCGGUGGAGUACCACAGCGCCAAGCAGACGCUCUUCAGAGCUUUCCACACAACUGGCCUGGGCACCUGGGUGAAAAAACCCGUAGAGACGGACCAGUUUGCUAUUGCCGACUGAGGUAGAGAGUAAGGGUUUACACAUGUUUGGGAUCAGUUUUAAC